UUCUAAAGUUUUGCUUGGGUAGCUUCCUACUUGCAGUGGGUAAAAGGUUUCGCGUUUAAUUAGCCAGCGGGAAAACAUUAACGUCAAACGCAAUGCACUGCUGACCUGCAAACUGAAAACUUUCAUUUGCUUUGACUUCGGAGUUGUAGCUAGUAAACCGCUUACCAGUGACUAUCUGCAACACCGAAUUCGCAAAACAUAUCCAUGCGAUAAGAGACUGCACGUUUCACUGUUUGGCACUCAGAUCGGUUUCCAUAUGAAUUCUCAGGGAGACCACGGAGAGCGACUGGAGGCUGUGAUUCAGAAACUGGAAGAAUCCCUGCUGAACCCGGACGCUAAUGAGAAGGCCCUCACGGUACGAGGGGACGAUGUGAGCGCUGCCACGCCGGUCACUGCCCGCAUCCGACAGAUCAUCACCCAAAACCUGGAGGAGAGGCCUGCAGUCUCCGGUGCUGCCCCCGCUGGUGUCAGUGAGAGCAGCGCGCAGGAAGACAACCGGCGUCCGAAGGAUCUGCUUUCACAGACCCGCGUGGACAGAGAGCAGCUGCUCAGCAAGCAGGCUGCGCAGGCCAGCAAGCUGGAGCAGACGCUAGCCCUGCAGUCUGGAGACUCGGAUCAGGACAGCGUGAGCACAGGCGAGCUAUGGCGACUACGUGAGGAGGGCAGAGCGUAUCAUCUCAAGCUGCAGACCUUCCAGAAUAGCCAGCACAGACAGGCCCAGCUGGUACACAAGCUACAGGCCAAGGUUCUUCAAUAUAAGAAGCGAUGUGGAGAUCUUGAGCAGCACAUUCUGGAGAAAACCUCCCAGCUGGAGAAACUGCGCCUCUCGCUGCAUUCUCACCUGGACUCCUCUGCUCACCAGCUCCAGCGCUCAGAGCAGGAGCACAGCUUGGACGCCCAAAGCAAACUUGCUCUACUGGAGGAGGAACGGCAGAGGUGCUCCGGUCUGAGUAAGGUCAACGCCCUCCUGCGAGACCAACUGGAGCAGGCCAACGAAACCAUCCGGGCCCUUGGGGAGAGCCUGCACAAGACACGGGAGGAGGCGGAGCGGAGAGACACACGGCUGAGGAGAGAGCAUGAGAUGAGCGCCUCCAGGUCGUGCCGUGAGCAAGCGCGAGUGCGAUCCCUGUGGCGCCAGGCCGCCUCUCUGCGGAGCACCUUCACCCAGCUCCGGGCCUUUGCUGACAGGAGCCUGUCCGACAUGCGCGGGGAGUGCGCGGCCACCAGCCGGCAGCUGCAGCAGGCCUGCGUGAGCCUGGAGGUGGCCGUGGGCGAGCGAAGCGCCGCCGCUGGCCUGGAGGCCUCGGCACUGGAGAGGCAGCUGAGGGACAAACUGAGAGAAGCCAUGCAUCUCCAAGGUCGCUUCGACGCAGAGAAGGUGGAGCUCAACUCCAGGAUCCUGCAACUUGCAGACCUGGUGAAGCAUCUCAGAAGCCAGAACUCUGAGAAAGAGAGCAGUCUGGAAGCUUUGCAGGACAGUCUGGACACAGUGGAACUGAGCCGAGCUGAAGAGAAAGCUGAAAAGGCGUCACUGCGCAGCGAGAUCAGCAGGCUACAGCAGAUCCUCCUCACUGUCCACCAGAGUGUUUGUGAGGAUGCAGACGCCGGCGGCUCAGAGAGCCAGGGAGAGGAGCUCACCGCCGCUCUGCUGUCGGCCCCUUCAGCGCCUCACACCCCUUCGGAUUGUGAGAGCACUCUAAUCGCCAUACAGAGAGCCCUGACUCGUCGACAGAAACAAACUCGGGAGCUCCAGGUGCGUAGCGGGGCCGCGCUGGACCAGGCCGCAGCCCUGACGGAGCAGCUGCAGCAGGCGGAGGCCGAGCGCCGGCUGCUGGAGAGCAGGGUCCAGCAGCUGGAGCGGGAGGUCCAGCGGGCCGAGCGAGCCAGGGAGGAAGGCAGCCGCGAAACCCAGACACUGCACGCUUCGCUGGGAGUAGUCGCCAGUGAGAAGGAUAAGCUAGAGACGCAUGUCUCAGCCCUGCGCCGCCAACUGGAUGCUGAGCGCGCGGAGGCGGAGCGUCUGCGGAGCUCCGCCCAAGAUGUCCAGCGGCAGUGGGACCUCCUCCGGCAGCAGCGCGAGGACCUGGAGAGACAGCUGGCUCGCGAGCGUGCCGAGGCUGAGAGGGGGCAACGAACUAUUGACCAACUGGAGGCUAAGCACUCAGAAGUGCGUAAAGAGUUGGUGUGUGUGAAAGAGGCCCUGAAUCAGCUCACACUGCAGAAAGAGGUUGUAGAAGAUGAGAAGGGCAGUCUGGCCCAGGCUCUCUCUAAGGUGGAGUCCCAGAAUGCUGAGCAGGAAGUGGCACUCGCUAAACUCCAGAGCGAGGAGGCGGCGCUCCAAGACUCCUUAGCCAAGAUGGCCGCCCUGACUGAAGGGCUGGCUAAGGACAAGGUGGAGCUGAAUCGUGUACUGCUACAGGCGGAGGCCGAGAAGGCGGAGCUCGGCGAGCGAACGCGGGAGGCGGAGCUGGAGCGGGCAGCGGCCCGGGAGGAGCUGGCGCACGUGCAGCAGGAGCUACUGGACACCACGGCCGAGAAGCGCGCGCUGGAGGCCUCGCGCGUCCACCUUCAGGAGGCCCGCGCGAGCCUGGAAGCGGAGUUGACCCUGCUGCAGAAGGAGAGGGCCUCGGCCCUGGAGCAGCUCGCGCAGGUGUGUUUGCAGAAGCAGGCAGCCUCGGAGCAGCUAGAGAUCUGUCAGAGGGACGCCCAGGUCCAGGAAGUCUCCCUGCAGCAGACCGGCCGAGAGAGAGAGCAGCUCGUGAAGGACAAGGCCAGUCUGAGUGUCCAGCUCACCACGGAACAGCGCAAAGCCAAGGCACUAGCCCAAGAGCUCGCUGCUCUCUGCUCUGAGAGAGAGACCCUCGAGGUGGCCCUAUUUGAUGGGCAGGAGUUGAUUUCGUCACUGGAGGCCAAUCGGGCUCGGCUGGAAGCGGAGCGGUCUCGUCUCCAGCAGGCUAACGAGGCUCUGACGCGUGACUUGUCCCAUUCCGAAAGUGAACUGGAGGAGCAAGUGUCCCAGGCCCUGCACGAGAGGCAGGCUCUGGAGGAGAAGCUCGCUCGUGCAGAGAGAAACGCCCAGGAUGUUCUCACUGCUGCUCAGCACAGUCAUCAGGAGCAGCUGGAAGCUGAGCGCAAGGACAGGCAGUGUGUGCAGCUGGAGCUGAUGGCGCAGAGGAAGCAGGCGGAGGAGAGGCUGCGGGCGGAGUGCGAGGAGACGCGUCUGCGCAGUCGGCACGCACAGCAGCAGCUCCAGGAGGAGCUGGCCAAGACGCAGCAGUACUGCACAGACACCCUGCUGCAGGCCGAGGCUGACAAGCAGCAGGCUCUGUCUGAGAUGGAGCUGGAAAAGACAGCCCUGACCGAGCGCAUCCUCGCGUUGCAGUGCACCAUGGAGACUGCCGCCCUGGAGACGGAGCGCAUGCGCCGAGACUUCCUGAGCAAACAGGAGCAGGACAAGGACGCAGUGGCAGGCCUGCAGAUGGAGCUGCUGCAGCUUCAUGCACGCUUCGACGAGUCCCUGAGUUCUCGCGAAGUCUCGGAGAAGAGACUGAGUGAGCAGGUCAGGGAGCUUUCUCUGCACAGACUCCAAGCCCAGCAAGAGGUGGAGCGCUUGCAGAGGGAUCUAUCCGAGGCAGAGGAGAGCCGAGACGCCGGGCGCAGGGAGCUGAUCCAGGCCUGCCGGGAGCUGGAAGAGUGUGCCCAGGAGCGGGAUGCCCGACGCAUGGAGUGCAUGGAGCUCCAGAGGGCUCUGGGAGACGAGAGCAGGAUGAAGGAGGCCAUGCAGUCGUCCAACCAGGAGCUCCGCGCCGCCGUCAAGAGGGCCGAGAACGACAAUAACAGUCUGAAGCGAUCUCUAGAGGAGAGGGAACAGAGGCUGGUGGUGUCAGAGGAGUGUAAGUCCUCCCUCCAGGAGGAGGCGCUAAAGCUGAGAUCCGGCACGCGUGAUCUGGAGAAAUCGCACCUGCAGGCCCGUCGGGAACUGCAGGAACUACGCAGGCAGGUGAAGACUCUGGAGAGAGAACGUCACCAGCUGGCGCGGGAGCUGAGUGAGGUGCAGACUCGUCUGGUCCAGGAGGAGCAGAAGGAGGAGGCGGGCCGGAGGGAGGCGUUUCUACUGAAACAGAGACUCCUGGAGGGUGACGCUGGCAGAGAGGCUGCACUCAAGGAGGUGGCCGGUCUGCAGCGUCGUGUAGCUGACCUGGAGGAGACCCAGCGUGUGGAGCGGGACUCCCAGCGGAGGCGGGAGGCCGACCUGCAGGAGAUCCAGCAGAAGCAGCGUGAGGAGGUGGCACGCCUGGAGGCCCAACUGCAGGAGGCGCAGACCCAGCAGCGGGAGCUGAGCUUGGGGCGGAGCCUGGCAGAGGGGCAGGCCUUGGGCUUGGAGGAGCAGCUGGCCCAGGUCGACGCCUCCCGCGCUGACCUGGAGCACAGGCUGAGUAUCCUGACCUCCGCCCUCAGGCGUACGCUGGGAGUGGGGCGCGGGGGGAGGCCGCCAACGCCCGGGUCGAGAGGGCGGAGCCCGUUGCCGUGGCGAGCUCGCUCUCCGGUGAAAGGUGAGGGUGUGUCCAGUGGGCUGGCAGAGGGCAUGCAUGGCUCUUCUCCUCCAGUGGCCCAUGUGGAGGAAGGAGAACUAGACCUGGACGCAGUGCAGUCUGCACUGAGCAGCUUCCAGCAGGAGCUCAGAGACGCCCAGAGGGAGCGGAAUGAAGCUAAAACACACGUGUUGACUCUAAGCCAGCAGCUGGCAGAGUUACAGGCCAGUGUGGAGAAGAGCAAUGCCCGGACACAGCAGCUCAAACGCUCCCUCAAAGAGUUGGAGCAAGGGAAGCGUGACUUGCAAGAGCGAUUAGAGGGGGUUCAGGUCUCUCUCUCACUGCAGGAGGAAGCAGUUUGUCAUGGAGACAGAGAGAAGAGGAUGAUGGGAGAGGAGCUGUCCAGGCUGAAGAACAGUCUGCAGGCAGCCGAGGCAGAAGUGAAAGCCCUACAAGAGAGGCUGGAGUGGGCGGAGGCGUCUGAGGCGGGCCUGGGUGUGGAGCACAGAAGACUGAAGGAGGGCCGGGAGGCCGCCGAGAUGCGGGUCUCCCGGCUGGAGCGCAGCCAGAGGGCGUUAGAGGGGGAGCUGCACCGCCGGCAGCUCCGCGCAGCCGAGCUGGAGGCCGAGCGAGACUCCCUGAAGGAAAGGGUGGCAUGUCUGCGGAAGGAACUGGCUGAGGCUGAGGAGCGCAAUGCUCUGCUGAAGGUGGAGAGCGAGAGGUUGGCAGCGGCUUUGGCCCGCGCGGAGGUUCAGGAGGCGGAGCUCCGUGAGAGGUUGCGGAGCACGUCGGUGGCUCUGAGUGACAGUAGCAGCAGUGCAGGGGCGGCACAGGAGCAGGUCGCCCAACUGCAGAGUGCGCUCAGCGCCAGCGAGCAGGACCGCAGGACGCAACAGGAGCGGUUGGAGAAGGCUCGGGAAGCUCUAGCAGACAGUAAGAAACAGAAUCAAGAUCUGAGCUGCAGACUACAGAGUCUGCAAAGGAACCAGCAGGACUUGGAGCUCCGAGUCUCUGAGCAGGACAAACACACAUGCAGCCUGCAGGAGGCUCUGGGGCAGAGGGAGCUGCUCGCUCAGGAGGCCCGGGAUGCGUGUGCCCGGCUGCAGAGGGAGCGAGGAGAGUCACAGGAGCGCCUUAGCUCCCUCGCCACCUCCCUCCAACGCUUGCAGGAGGACAAGGCCCAGCUGGAGCGCUCCCUGGUGCGCCUCGGCAAAGACAAGUCCUCCCUGAAACGCACGCUGGAGAAGGUAGAGCAGGAGCGUCAUAGACAGGAGGAGGAGGUGGUGUGUGUUGCUCGUCAGAAGGAGCAGCUGGAGGAGGCAGUACGCAGACUGGAGCAGGAAGUGAGCGAGAGCCAAUCAGAGAGCCAGAUACUAAAGACCCAGUUCUCCCAGCUGGAGCAGGCUCACUCACAGCGCCUCCUAGAGGCGGCGGCACACCACAGGCACGAACUGGAGCUGGAAACAGAGCGGCUGCGGGGGGCCCAGGAGCAGGCCGAGCGGGCGCUGGAGGCCCGCGAGAAGGCCCACCGCCAGAGGGUCCGCUGCCUGGAGGAGCAGGUGUGCACUCUUAAGGAGCAGCUGGAACAGGAGAUGCGUAGAAGGCAGACCUAUGUGACCCAGAUGCUGCGGCCAACCAUGGCGAACCCCUAAAGCCCAGGGCGGAGCGGAGCCCUUGUGUGCCAGCGCACAUAUACACACACGUGUGUGCGCACACACCCACCGACACACACGUACAGUGCCGUUUCUCAUCCUGUUCACCAAUGGAGCCACGCCGGCACAGCUCACGGCGGCUACUCAUAAGGAAAUAUGCUACAUAAGCAAAUUUUACACGCACACAUGCACGCAACACACAUACAUGCACGCGCGCACAAAUACACACAUGCAUACAUAAACAAACACACACCUUGAUGCAAAGAAGAUGAUUCAGAACUGAUGGACUACAUGAACCUAAAUCCCUUCGAUAAUCUCGAUCCACACCAUAAAAAAAUCCCAACAGAAACAAACAAUGAGGCCACUGUUUCCCCAAACACGCAGCAAGUGCCAAAUUGUUUUAAGGAUUUGGUGUGUUCCUCUGUCCCUCCCUGUUGGCCCGGUGGUAAUCAGUACAAUGUGAGGAUGGCAGAGCCCAACUUACCUCUCCCACAAACUCCGUUACACGUCCCCACGCAGACACACACACACACACACACACACAAACACGCAAAUGCAACAUAUGUAUACGCACAAACACUCACAUGCCCGCACACACACACACACACACGCGCGCACGGAAAGACUGUGACUUUCUACACCUUUAUCGAUUGCGUGGUGCGUCAUCUGGUGACUUUAUUGCAUGUAAGUGCAUGAUGUUAAUGAGACUGAAUUGUUUCCGUCCACAGCUUUUCAGGAAGACCUCAAGCAUGUUGACUGUUAAUGAACACACUGUAUUCUCACUUUUAAUUGUUUCGUCCUGAUUGUCAGCUUGUUUGUUUGUCGUGAUUAAUUACAAUCUUAUUGAUUGCUGUUUCAUUUGCAAAUCUUUUGAGAACAAUUAAGGAAAAAAAAUGACUUCUUUUUCUCAACUCCCUCCUUGAAACUCCUUUUAUGAGCUAAUAAAACUAUAA